AACAGUGUAAAGAAGGGAAGAGAAAAUAAAAAGAGAGAGAGAUCGUGGUGGUUUUGAUUGAGAGCUCCAAUGGCGGAGGUCAAGCCAAACGAUACUAGUAACAGCCCCAUCAUCAACGCUCCUUCCAAUUCCAAACCCGAUCUGAUGCCGCCUCCUCAAGACCGUCCUGUUCGAGUCUAUGCCGAUGGGAUCUACGAUCUCUUUCACUUCGGCCACGCCGGCUCCCUCGAACAAGCCAAAAAAUCAUUUCCAAACACCUACUUGCUUGUUGGAUGCUGCAACGAUGAAACGACACAUAAGUAUAAGGGAAAAACUGUCAUGACUGAAGCUGAACGUUAUGAAUCUCUUCGUCAUUGCAAGUGGGUCGAUGAAGUCAUUCCUGAUGCACCUUGGGUGAUCACACAAGAAUUUCUUGACAAACACAAGAUUGACUAUGUGGCUCAUGACUCACUUCCUUAUGCUGAUACAAGUGGGGCUGCAAAUGAUGUUUAUGAAUUCGUUAAAGCUGUUGGGAGGUUUAAGGAAACACAACGAACAGAUGGGAUCUCUACAUCAGAUAUUAUAAUGAGGAUAGUGAAAGAUUAUAACCAGUAUGUGAUGCGUAACUUAGAUCGUGGAUAUACAAGGAAAGAGCUUGGUGUUAGCUAUGUGAAGGAAAAGAGACUGAGAGUGAACAUGAGAUUGAAGAAAUUACAAGAGAAAGUGAAGGAACAACAAGAGAAAGUAGGAGAAAAGAUUCAAACUGUUGCAAAAACUGCGGGUAUGCAUCGCAACGAGUGGGUUGAAAAUGCUGAUCGCUGGGUUGCUGGGUUUUUGGAGAUGUUUGAAGAAGGGUGCCAUAAAAUGGGCACAGCCAUCAGGGAACGAAUUCAAGAGAGUUUACGUGGUCAAAGAGAGACAACACAUCUGCUUGAAAAUGGAAAGGACGAUGUUGAGAACAGCGAUGAAUGCUACUAUGAUGACGAUGAGACAGAUGAUGAAUAUUAUGAUGAAGAAGAAUGUUAUUAUUAUGAAGACGAGGAAGAUCAGAAAGAAAAGAAGUAAUUGCCAUGUUAUAUAUCCAAUACCAAAAAAAAAAAAAAAAAGGGCCAUUUGCACUUGGGAUUUCUUCUCAAUGCUCUGAUUGCUGUAGAUUAUGAAGAGAGUUUUCUUGUAGUUGGUCAGGAAAAUUGUUUUGAUUUUUUGUUUGUCUUCAUUUGUGUAACUUAUUGUCUGUUAUUCAUCUUUAGCGACAGUAUACCAUACCAUGUACAUGAUAAUACUGUUUGUGUACGUGUUUUGCUAGCCAAAUUAGGCCUACUUUAAGUUCGUAAUUUUUUGCCCUUCCGUUGCAAUGUAAAGAAACUUAAUGAAUCUAUUUAUAGCAUUAUAGUUUAGAUUGAAA